AUGCCCUACGAUCGUUUAGUUCAAGUUGGUCGAGUAGCUUACAUUGCUUAUGGUCCAGAAAAGGGUAAAAUUUGUUGUAUUACAAAUAUUAUCGAUCAGACACGUGUACUUGUCGAUGGUCCAUCAUCACAUGUAAGUCGUCAAGCAUUAAAUAUUAAAUCAUUACAUUUAACAAAAUAUGUACUCAAACUUUUACCUGGUGCUCGUUCAAAAACAGUUAAAGCACUUUGGGAUAAACAUGAUAUUAAUAAAAAAUGGCAAGAAACACGUUGGUUUAAAAAAUUACAAGCAAAACAUUUACGUUCAAAAAUGACGGAUUUUGAUCGUUUUAAAUUAUUACAUGCUAAACAAGCAUAUAAUCGUAUAUUAAAUCAUGAAUAUAAUCGUUUAAAAAAGAAGAAUAAAGUACAAUUAGCUCGAAAAACAAAAAAAGUUAAACCACGAAAAUUUGUUGCUAAAUCUAAACGUAUUGCAAAUAAAUUUAAUAUUUUUACUAAAACAACAACAGCAGCAGCUGGAAAAAAGAAAUAA